AUGAGCCUCGGAACUUUUAGUUCAGAUAAAUGGAGACCAAUAAGAAUUACAACAAAUUAUGAUUAUUUUGAAGGCAUUGCUGCAGAUACCGAAAGGUGCACUAAAAUAGGACAAAUUGUUCAUGACUCCGCAAAUAAUGGUGCUGCUUUAACAUGUACAGAAGCAGAUUUAUUAACACCAGAAAGGAUCAAAGUUGUCAAAAUAACUACUCAGAAUGUAAUUAAUUUCUUGAGUAAUCUCCUUAAAGUUCGAACUUAUUUACGCAAUAUCCAAAUUGAUGAUCUGGAAGGCUUGGUUAAUAAAAAUAAUGAAAAUACUGAUCUGUUAAUGGUAUUUCAUUCCAGACUUUCAAAUACCUUCAUAGCCUCAGCAUAUGGAGAUAGAUAUGAAUUAGAAUAUUAUCGUCCAAUAAGAGGCGUAGUUAAUAUUAAUCCAAAAUACAUUCCAAAAGCAGCCCAAAAUUAUAAUGAUACCGAUAAUAACUACUUCAAUGUAAUCCUUCAUGAAAUUACACAUGCAUUAGGAUUUAACUCAUAUGUAUUUAGGCAAUUCCAUUCAUAUGAUGAUUCAACAUUUUACAAGGAUCCUAUUUGCAAUAUCACCAAAUUUGGAAGAGGUUUUAGCUUCCUUGUUACUCCAUAUGCACAUAUCUUUGCAAAGAAAAGAUUUGGUCUUGAUAAAUUUGUCGGAGAUGAUGGUAAAAGUUGCCCAUCUGGAAUUGAAUUGGAAGAUGGCGGAGGUGUAGGAACAGCAGGAUCUCAUCUUGAAUCAAGAACAUAUGAAUCAGAAUAUAUGGUUGGAUCUGAUACUGGACAACCUACUCCAUAUUUAAGACUUACAGAUGCUACGCUUGCUGUUUUAAUGGAUUCUGGUAAUUACAAAGUUAAUUGGGCAAAAGCAGUUCCUUUAGUCUUUGGACAUCCAGAAUCAAUUAAUGGAAAACCAAUUGAAAACUUUGCGCUUAACCCACCAGAAAUUGUAUUACCAUCAAAUUAUAUUGCAAAUGAUGAUGCUGAUUUUGAAUUUAUGGAUUUGACUGGAUUUGAUUAUAAACACUUGGGAAUUGGAGGAUGGUUUAAUGACAGUUCAGUAAAUUGCUCUGAGUCAUAUUUUGGACAAUAUUGCAAACUCAAAGAUACAUAUUAUAACCCGAAACAUAAGAAAACAAUUGGAACUCAGUUAGCUGAUUUUCAAGCUUAUCCUUCUCCUGUUAAAGUUUGUCCAAAAGGACAAGCAAUUUUGCCAGGUAUUAUAACUAAGAAUCCAUGCGGUGAAUACAAAUGCAAUGGCUACGAAAGCUUCGAAAUAAAAGUCAAUGAUGAAAUUGAUGGAAUCAAAACAAUUGUUUGCACAAAAGAAAAUGUUGGAAAAUAUUUCAAUUUUUCAGCUUUAUUUGAUGGUCAAAUUAGAACGAAGAGAGCAAGCUGUCCGGAUCCUGAAAGAUUUUGCAGAACAAUGAAGCUAACUGAAAUGAACUUUAACAAAGAUCCUCUGGAUCCAAAAACUCUUGUUCUUGAAGGUGAACCUCAAGCACCGCCAGAAUGGUCUUUUGACUAUUCAGACGUUGAUGACGAAAUCAAAGAAUCGAAGAGAACUUUAAUAAUUAUUAUUUCUGUAGUAUGCGUUGUUAUUGUCAUUAUCAUUGCAAGUAUAAUAGCAUGCUGCGUGUGCUGCAUCAGAAAAAAGAAGAAAUCUGAAAUUUCAGAAACGCCAAUUGAAGAACUUAAUGAAAGACUUGCUUGA